GAGUACGCGUCCUCCUCCUCACAUCACGGUUCACAGGAACGCAUCCGGCAGCCAAUUCACUCCCAUUUCUCUUAUCCUCUCCCACUAGGAACCCUAGCCGCCGCCCGUCGCCCACCCGACGCCCCAUGCCCAUGAGAUGUGAGCCGGUGAUGGCCGCCGCAUCGAGGCGUGCGGCGUGCCCAUGCCGACGAAGAUCGGCGCCCCGAGCCCCGACCCCAACCAGUGGAGACCGGCGCCCCAUGCCGCCGUCCUCGACCCUCCGUCAGUCGCUCCACUGCCCACGACACGGCCGUCCGCCGCCGGUGACGACCGCCGCAUCGAGGCGCGCGGCGCGCCCCUGACCGAUGAAGAUCAACACCUCGAGCCAAGGCCCCAACCAGUUGAGACUGGCGCCCCAACCAGUUCAAAAAAGACAAUUGAAGAAUUUGGGGACAAGGUGAAGGGAAAGCACAAGGUCCAUGGUGGUGCCGAAAUUGAUUUGUUUGAUGUCAAGUACUAUGUUAUCAACUACUAAGUGAUGGUUGUCUGCUGUUUGCUGCUUGUCGAUUCCAAUAUUCCAUGGGCUGUUGUUGCUUGUGAUCUUAUUACUUUCUGUCAAAUAUAAAUGGUGUUGCUUGUUGUCUUCUCACUUUUUGUCAAAUGUAAAUGUUGUUGCUUUUUAACUUCUUACUUUCUGUCAAAUAUAAAUGAUAUGCAUACAUGAAUCUUGUUGCUGGAACAUAAA